UUCAAAUCCUGCAUGAGCAACAACCAUGUCGCGCCGUCAGUCUCGCAACACAUGGAUAACAUCCUACCGAGUCGGCGACGAGUAUUCCUUUCUUGACGAAGAUGAGGACGAUGCGGGGCCGUCACGAGGGCGAAGACCCGUCGUUCAAGAUGAGGAGGAUGGUGACGAUUUCAUGCCCGAUGCCAAUGCAGAGGAAGAGCUAGAAGACGAUUCCGACGAAGACGUCGUAGAAGAAGAGGAAUUGGAAGGCGAGGCAGCUGAAGCAGAGGAUGCAUUAGCCCGAGACUCAUCGAUCAUCGAUGUUGACGAUGUUCAAGUCGCGCCUUCACAUUCGUCGACCGGCAAAAGGAAGAACAAGCCGGCUAUGUGCGUUUCACCUCAAGCGCUCGCACCCCAAGCGGUCACGCCGGUACAAGUCCCUCACAGCUUCGCCAGAAGUGGGGGGCGAAAAGUCAAUAUGGAUGAUCAACAAAUGCGCUCUCGAGGUAUCGCCGACUUCAGCAAGCAAGGAGGCCAGGAAGUAAGACUGAAGGAUCUCUUCGGUCCUUCUCUCUCUGACCUGAAACCGAUUCUGAGAACCAGGGAUGAAUGGCGCCUGCAGGAGACGUUGCCUGUUCGGAGUUCUGGCGCGAAAAGGAGCUACUUCGAAAGCAGCGAAGCGAGAGCCAAAGACGAGAGGCAGAUGCAAGCGUGGUACGACAACACUGGCAGAGCAGAAUUUAUGCGAAGUCAAAAGACAUCCAGUCUGAGUCGAGGGCAAGGUAUCAAGUACAUGCUCAACGAGGGCGCCGAGUCGAUCAACGUUCUUAUGGGCACCGCGAAAAGCCCCGAGGUGUACCCACUGAAGAAGAACGGCUGCGUCAACAUUGCGAAUCCCUUUGCGGAGAAAAGUCAAAGAAGGGGCUGGCUGUUUCAUCUAGGGUCACGCAUACAAGAAGCUCAGUGGAUGACGAACGAAGAUGGAGGAAUCCAGUAUCUUGCUGUUGCUGUUCAGCAGAGAGAUGAGACGGCCGAGCAACAUCCGCCCAUGGAACAAGCAGCUGCACCUGCAUUCUCAGCUACAAAGCCAUUCGCGGCUUCUGUUCAAAUAUGGGCGUUCAAGUCCACCAAGGAUGGUGCCAUGGACACCUCAAGGAAGCCGCGGCUUGCACUGGUUAUCUGCACAGACUGGGGCGCGCCAAAGCACCUUAGAUGGUCUCCUAUCGUACCUCACGACCGGGCAGUACCACUUGAUGGUAACGAGACGGUCGAUGUUGGCAUUCUUGCAGGCAUAUGGUCAGAUGGACGAGUAAGGGUGCUAAACAUUGAGAUACCAGAGGCAGAUGCUGAGACAGCUGAGCCAAUUUUCAUGCAUAUUUCACAAGCAGCGUUCGAGGCCUCAAUACCACAAACAGUACCUACAUGUAUUCAGUGGCUCUCUGGGUCCACUAUUGCCGUUGGAACCGCGGCUGGCACCUUGGCCGUCUGGACUCUGACGCGUCCGGGUACUCUGUCGCGAUCGCCAGCAUAUAGUGGCGGUUCCAAACCCUGGCUGUACAAGCAGAUUGGGGACACAUAUGUCCUAACGAUUCUCUCUGGCUGGCCAUCAAGACCACACUUUCUCUCAGCCAGCACUGCGGACGGCUUUGCGCGGCUCUAUGACAUACGCUCUCCCGAUGCAGACACCGUCGCCUCGGUGCGUGGGCGCGUGCUCGUUGUCACCCAAGCAUGGCACGAACAUACUCAGUCUUUCGUCAUGCCGGACGAGUACUACAUACUGAAGCACAACAACAUACGCCGAUUCUACCACAAUAUCUACAGCGCGCGUGCGGAAAGUAGCAUCGUACGAGUCGCCACGAGCCCAGUGCACCCUGGUAUUCUCAUCGGAGGCGCUAACGGAGCUAUCUUCGCGACCAAUCCAGUGGGCAGGGUGGUCAAUACGAAGGUCGUGCCCUGGCAACAGAACUGGUUCGUUCAUGAGUGGAGACCUCCAGUAGACAUGAUGGUUGUGAAGCCACCUGACCAGGACACUGAGAUGCCAAAUGGCGAAGUGCAGGAGAUAACGAAUUCUAACCCGUCAAAGGUACCGUCAUCGGCAUUAUCUGAGCCUAUGGUCCGCAUUACGGAGGGCUACAAAGCUGUUCAACCGGGCAUCUCGUACUCUACUACGUCUAAAAAGAAACCAGAGAACGAGAACAGUACCCUCAUGACGGUCUACGAGGAGGAUUCAUCGGUCAGUGCGCUGGCGUGGAACCCGAACUUGAAGUUCGGUACAUGGGCAGUCGCGGGAAUGAACAGCGGACUUUUGCGCGUAGAAGACGUCGGUGUCUGACCUGCCCUACAUUCAACAUUUGGGACCCCAGGGCUAGGUAGCCAUAGCAGAAAAUUAUACAGCCUGUAUUCAAGCUAUAUACUUCGCC